GAAGGGGGAUGAGGACGACGACGACCAGGAGAUGACAUGAUGACGAUCUAGAUGUUUGCUCCCAGGACGCCACAGAACGGAUCGAGGAACCUACCCAGGACAUCGUCAUCGAAGGCAAAUAAAAACCAAAGCAAACCAAGAUGUGAGGCUUGGGUUCCCCUUAAUGGAUGGGAGCAGAGUGAUGAUGCCGAGAGUGAUGUCUUCUACCUAGCCAUAGAUGCCUGGGCCAAAAGAAACUCGAAGAUUAAAGCAGAUGCUCCAAAAGGGGUUCCUUCCUCCAAGCUAUGGGAGCCUUUCCUCUGCACAACUGACAACCAGUGCACCGGCAUUCUGGAUUUUGAAGCUUUCGUGAAUGUCAGCCUGAGCCUGCACAAAGACAUUGACGUGAAGCAAGAAGAAUGUCGGCAAAAGGAAAGCAACGGCACAGACCUUAGCAAUGAUUCAAGUAAAACGACCAAAGCAGAAGCCAAUGAUGAUGGUAUUGGGAAUGAGGUUGCCAAAGUCAAGAUCCAGGAUGAACAACCUAGCGAAAUUUGCCAAUCGGACAAGAAAGAAAAUGAUCAAUCAACCAAAGAGGAGAAAUGCAAUGAGGACGAGAAAAGGACGAAUCAUUUGAACAAGACGGCCGGUACUGAUACUAACAAGGAUGACAACUCGUGCAAGAAGAAGAUUGUCCACUUGGACAUACCGGACAAAGUUACAAGGGAUUUUAGAAAUGUAGAGCACAAAGAUACCCAGUCCUCAGAAAACCUUGGUUUGGUCAGCCAUGAUCCUGGACCUUUGGAGGGUGCGGAUGGUGAGGCAAUCAGCAGUGAAAGUGUACCUGACUGGAACGCACGCAAUGGUACUUCCCACAGCGCCCCCGUGUCUCGAACGCAGCAGAGAGAACCGUUAAAGAGACGUCUCGGGUCAGCAGGGACCAAAUCUGCAGAGGACAGACUUCGAAGAGCAGCUCUUAAGAAGGCCACAAAGACCAAGGUGAACUCAAAGAAAGUGUCGGUCACAGCCAACCCAGUAAAGAUCUCGUACGCACAUGCUGGUAACGCUCGACCGGGUAUCUUUGCUGGUGAGUUACUUAUGGGUGAGACAUCUGACAGCGCUGAGAACACUCAAAUUGAAUCGCAAACAGAUGAAACGCCGAGGAGGAUCUCACUGGAUAAUCGGUUGUUGAUCGAGGAAGCCAUCAAAGACUCGAAGAAAAUCGACUACAUGACAAAGACUUCUGUGGUCAGCAUUGGCGACCUCUUAUCCACUGCACCCCGUCUCGAAAGGCGGCUGGGGAAACAAAGUAAAGGUCGUGAAUCCAUGUAUGCUGCCAUGGCGAACGAAAACGAAGAUGCUUCCUCAAGAGACUCCUUUGGUACAUUGUCUUCAUCUCCUAGGCCGCCUGAAGACAUCAGAUCACCCUCUUCCUCUAGUCUUCCACCUGUCCCGGUGACGAGCAGACAAACCACACCGGUAAGAGAUGUCCACUCGUCGGAGGGGCGAAAGCCUGGUUCCAAGCAGGCAGUAAACCUCCACUCCGCCAAGAUCCCUGUUAUAAGCUACCGAAAAGGGGUAAGCAGGGAUUUUGAAGAGGACGAGGAGGGGGAUAACGCCAAUCGAGAAAGGGAGACGGAUCUGGCUGAUGUGCGUUAUAUCAAGUAUACCGACAGCAUAAUGAGUGCAAUAGAAGAAUCUACUGUGGACAUGGACAAAAACUUAGACAGUAGGCUACUCAAGUCCGCUCUGUCACGGGGAAAGUCUCGGGUGCACUCGGCUGAUCAUGUCCGUCAGAUUCCACAGGUAAACGACACAACAACUCAGCAAACAACGAAAUCGGGCGGGAAAAAAGAUGAGCAAAAAUCAAAGCUUCAAGUUGAAUGCGAUCGUGAUAAAAAUCGCUUAGUCUCACAAGUUCUUGGUAAACAUAGAUCUAUGAGGCGAGGUCCACCGGCAUUCCGUCCACAAAGCUUCAAGACACCUCUUCAGCGGGCGGUGGAGAAUGCUCAUAAAAGGAUGUAUGGUCAACACUAUUAUCUGUUCAACAACUCAGGGGCAUCGGGUACUGAGAACGGAGAAGACAUUCGCAAUGGCAUGGACAGUGCAAAGACUCUCCGAGCUCAAAGUGCAAACGGAGAAACAACAAAUGCUUACGUCUGGAAGGAGAAUAUCGAGAGUCAACAGCGACACAGACGCAAGGCGAAUACAACCAGUGUACAGAUCGGUGAAGUUCAUGAUAUUCGUUGGCGACAUUCGACGCACCCCCUGACCGCAUUGUCAUCGGUUGUCGAACAUUACGUCAACCAAUCACUGGGCGCCGACUAUUCCGGAACAGAGAAGUCUCGAGCCAAGACUACGAAUGGUCACGCUGGAUACAACGUAUCGGACUUCAGACCCAACUUCAGAAGAGAUACUCUCAAAACAGAAAGAAGGAAGACAAUACAAAGAUGACAAGAUCCAAACUUGGUUCAUCAGGACUAACAAACGAUGCUGAUGUCGGUCGAAGGCUACCUUGCAGCUGAGGGCAGUCUUCGGGUCUUCGGUGCCGCAGCCCAGUGAGGAUGACUCGGUGGCUCUUGCAUGCUCGGAGAAAAAUCUUGAUCAUAAUGUUGCGAUAUUAAGGCAUCCAGAACGGCAGAAUGCAAAGAUUUUGCAUCUUCAGACCGUGGACCUACUAGUAGGUCCAUGUUCAGACAUGCUUCCAAAUCUUUCAGACUGAAUGGUCCGUAUUCUGAACUCGGGUUUAAAUUAAAUCUGGUUUAAAGUUGGGAUUUAACUAUGGAUAGCCAGUCGUGGCAUAAAUCCCUAAUGGUAGGGGUUCAAUAUUUCAGCUUAGGUGACUCUGAAAUCAUUCUGAACUGUUUGGGAAGGAUAUAAAGAAGAUAGUUGUUAUACCAAUUAAGAAAGAGCACAGUAAACAUGAAGCUUCAAAUUUAUACAAAAUUUUGACGUGUUUGGCUUUCCAUAAUUUUAGCACA